AUGGAAAUAGCUCGUGCGGCCGUCCGCGGCGGUGCAAGGAUGUUGCAGCUUCGCGACAAGUUGCGUGACAAAGGUGAGAUUCUUCCCCUCGCCCAGGAACUACAGUCUCUUUGCGAGGCCAACGACGUCCUGCUUAUAGUGAAUGAUCACGUUGACCUGGCGGCGGCUGUUGGCUCCGGCGGUGUUCACGUGGGUCAGACCGACCUUCCCGUGUCCCAGGCGCGGCAGGUACUAGCUCCGGGACAGGUUUUGGGGCGCUCAAAUCGGGAGGUCGACCUGUUGAUUGAGUCCCAGGAAAUGGGCGCCGACCAUGUGGCGUUCGGCGCAAUUUACCAGACAACCACCAAGCCCGGAGGUCGCGGACCCCAGGGUCCGGAGCGGUUAAAGGCAGCGAGGGCAGCUACCAGGGUACCUCUGGUAGCCAUUGGUGGCAUUACCGCCGGAAAUGUUACUCCAGUGAUUGAGUAUGGGGCCGACGCGGUAUGUGUAACCGCCGCAAUCGGGCUGGCCGAUGACCCGGAAGGCGCCGCCGCUCGAUUGGUGGAGGCAAUUGCCCGGGCCGGAGGAAAAGUAUAG